AUGGAUCUCCAGUGGACCCCACUCUCCCUUUUGCUCCUCUUGCUCGGGGACCCCACCCUAGUGAGGACCCAGGAGCAGCCCAGCUGCCCAGAACCCCGGGAACUGCAAGCCAGCAAAAUCGUCUUCCUGCCUAAUUGUCCUGGAGCCCCAGGAAGUCCUGGGGAGAAAGGAGCUUCUGGUCCCCAAGGACCACCUGGAGCACCAGGCAAGAUGGGCCCCAAGGGAGAGCGUGGACCUAGAAGUUGUCAGGACAUUCUGAGCCUCGGUGCUACCUUGAGUGGCUGGUACCAUCUGUGCCUAUCAGAGAGCAGAGCUCCAGUCUUCUGUGACAUGGACACGGCAGGGGGUGGUUGGCUGGUGUUCCAGAGGCGACAGGACGGCUCCGUGGAUUUCUUCCGCUCUUGGUCUUCCUACAAAGCAGGGUUUGGGAGCCAGGAGUCCGAGUUCUGGCUGGGGAAUGAGAAUCUGUACCAGCUAACUCUCCAGGGUACCUGGGAGCUGCGGGUGGAGCUGGAGGACUUUGAGGACAACCACACCUUUGCCCACUACGCCAGCUUCCGCCUCCUGGGGGAAGCCGACCACUACCAGCUAGAGCUGGGCAGUUUCUUAGGGGGCACAGCAGGGGAUUCCCUGAGUUCCCACAGUGGGAAGCCAUUUACCACCAUGGACGCUGACAACGACAGAAGUAGUGGCAACUGUGCUGUGAUUGUCCAAGGUGCCUGGUGGUACGGUUCCUGCUAUAGGGCCAACCUCAAUGGGCGCUAUGCCAUUUCCAAGGCCACCGCCCACAAAUAUGGCAUUGACUGGGCCUCAGGGCUCGGUGUGGGCAACCCUUACCGCAAGGUUCGCAUGAUGAUUCGGUAG